AAGUCUCAUUGUACGCUUGGGAUCCACAUGCUAUUAGAUAAAAGAUUUUCCUUUUCCAUAUCAUCAGCAUUGCUGUCAUUUGUCGACUAAGACUUUGUAGUACUCGCACAACUACUUGGCUUUUCCAUGGAGAAAUACAAUUUAACUAUAAAAAUACGUGUAUUUUCAAAAUGCAUGGCUCGUCUACUCGAUCACACAUUCAGACCCUUCCUUUAUUGUUCUUGCUUCCCUCUAAUCACAAUUCAUUCAUCUUCAUGGGUGCUCUUAAUUUUCAAGAACGCCCACUCAAACUCUACUUCAUUCCUUACCCUGCAUCCGGCCACAUGAUCCCUCUAUGUGACAUAGCCACACUCUUCUCCUCACGCGGCCACCAUGUGACCAUCAUCACCACUCCCUCCAACGCCCAACUCAUUCACAAAUCCAUCCCUUCCCACAACCUCCACCUUCACACAGUCCCAUUCCCCUCCCGAGAAGUCGGCCUUCCGGACGGCGUUGAGAAUCUCUCCGCCGUCACCGAACUCACCAACUCUCUCAAGGUCAACCAAGCUGUCAUGAUGCUCCGACAACAAAUUCAACAUUUUGUAGAGCACCACCCGCCAGAUUGCAUUGUGGCUGACUUUUUGUUCCCGUGGGUUGAUGAAGUGGCCAGCAAGCUUCGCGUUCCUAGGCUCGCCUUCAAUGGAUACUCCCUCUUCGCCAUCUGCGCCAUGGAGUCUGUCAAAGCACGCAAAGACUCCGGUAAUUCCUCCAUCAUUCAAGGCCUUCCUCACAACAUCACCUUGAACGCAACGCCACCGAAGACACUAACUAGAUUCUUGGAACCUCUACUAGCAACAGAGCUCAAAAGCUACGGGCUAAUCGUGAACAAUUUUGUUGAGCUUGACGGAGAGGAGUACAUCGAGCACUACGAGAGAACCACCGGUCACAAGGCAUGGCACCUUGGUCCAGUCUCUCUUAUUCAUAGAACUGAUCAAGAGAAAGCAGAGAGGGGACACAAAAGCGUGGUGGGAGUGGACGAGUUCCUAAGUUGGCUCAACUCAAAGCCGUCCAACUCAGUACUAUACAUAUGCUUUGGUAGCCUUUGCUAUUUUUCGGAUAAACAACUUUACGAGAUUGCAAGCGCAAUCGAUGCAUCUGGUUAUGAAUUCAUAUGGGUGGUUCCUGAGAAGAAAGGGAAAGAGGAUGAGAGUGAAGAGGAGAAGGAAAAGUGGUUGCCAAAGGGAUUUGAAGAGAGGAAUCGAGAGAAGGGGAUGAUCGUUAAGGGGUGGGCACCGCAAGUGGUUAUACUAGGCCAUUACGCGAUUGGUGGUUUUCUGACGCAUUGCGGGUGGAACUCAACGGUUGAGGCGGUUAGUGCGGGGGUUCCGAUGAUCACAUGGCCUGUGCACGACGAGCAGUUCUACAAUGAAAAAUUGAUAACAGAGGUGCGAGGGAUUGGGGUGGAGGUUGGUGCAUGGGAAUGGAGCAUCAUUGGUUUCAUGGAGAGAAAGACUUUAGUGGGCAGAGAUAACAUUGAGAAAGCUAUGAGGAGGUUGAUGGAUGGUGGUGUUGAAGCUGAGAACAUCAGACAACGUGCCCAAGAGUAUGGGAAAAAGGCUAGGCAAGCUGUUCAAGAAGGUGGCUCUUCCCACCAAAAUUUGACGGCCUUGAUUGAUGAUCUCAAACGAUUAAGGGACUCUAAGCCACUUGAUUAAUCAACUUGAUUUUUGUUCAACUUUACUAUUCAUUCAGCACAAAAUAAAAACCAUUGCGAAGUGAAGCCCAUUGAUGCAUUGCACCUUGGGUUGUUCACGAGUUGAGUUGAUUCAGAUUUGGAGCAAGUAUAAUUUGAAUCAAUCAAUUCGUUUGGUUUCGUUUGGUUUGAUUUUGUAAAAAAAAUCAGUAAAUCCAAACCAAACUAAUCCGACUAAAAUCAUAUCGGUUUGGUUCGGGUUGGUACAUAAACUUAAAUUAUUAGUUUUUAAAAUUUAUUUGUGUGUAUUAUUAUUCUUUAUGUAUACAUUUAUGAAUUUUAGAGUUUCUUGUUCGUC